UAAGUUUUCAGAUAACAUUUUCCUGACCCAACUUUUCCUAAAAACAAUAAAACAUAAUUAGUAAUUUGAAAUACAUAGAUUUUAUCAUAUAGUUUAAUUCUAAAAUAUUAUAAGUUUCAUACAGUAAUAUCAGAAAGAAAUGGAUAAAGCUAGCUCUAAGAAUAUGUUAAAAUCACAGUGUAAAUAUAAUGAACAGAUUUGUUCUACAGAACAUACAAAAGAUGAAAAUGAACAUGACUGGUGGGCAAGCGAUAGUGGAUCAAGUACUGGAUCAUAUUAUUCAGACUCAGAUAGUUCUACAGCAGAAUGGGAAUCACAAAUUAAUUCUAAUGGAGAAUUAUUUUAUAUAGAAUCUGCAAUAGAUAAUAUAACUGAUGAACAAUCGUUAUUUAAUCAAAUAAAACAUGAUUCUCAGCCAGAACUAAUAAGACGUCGUAGUACAAGAGCUGGGAAGCUUAUGCGACUUAUACGGCGUAAAGAAAGUAAAAGGUGGAGCACAAGAAAUAAAAAAAGUAAUUUUAAUACAGACAGCAAUGUAGGAAGUUCAGGAAAGGAUGGAAAUGCAAUUAAGGAAGUGACAUUUAGAGAUUUUCAAGCAGGUGAAAUUCGAGAAGUUACACUAUGGGUUGAUAUAGAUAAAAGACAUAAACUAGGAAGAAGAGCUACUUUAUGUGAAGCAUAUUUUGGAAUUAUUCCAGGUGUAUUCUCAGAUAAAACAAGAAUUAUGGUUGCUGGAUUUAUACCAGAUGGAGAAGCAAUGAAGAAUAAAAAUAUUAAGAUUGGAGAUUGGUUAAGAAGUGUAAAUUCAAACAAUGCUACAUAUCAAAAUUUGGAUCACAUAUUAUCUGAAAUAACCAUUUCAACAAAUGUAACAUUAGAAUUACAAAGAGUUGCUGGUAUUGAUGUCACAGAAAAAUUGUCUGGAAUAAAUUAUCCUAAGCAAUCUAUGUUAGUUCAAAGAUUAAUGAACAAGGAAGAAAGUAAAGAAUUAAUGCAGUCAAUGAUAGAUUAUCCAAUCGGUGUAUUAUAUCUACAAACCACAGAACUUUCAGAAAUGGGACCAGAAUUUCAAAAUGUUUUGUAUACAUUUCCGCGAUCAGAAAAUAAAAAUACUUUUUCUAUUUUAUGCACAGCUAAAGGAGCUUUUAUAACUCUUAAUCAUUUAUUACCAGGAAUAGGAGGCCAACAACCUAUCAGUACAACAAUACAGGUAGCAAAAGAAGAAAUUCAUAUUGUAUAUAUACCUAGGAACGAUAAAUUACUUUUAAUAGCGUUACCAAAAAAAUGUUGCAGUCUUGAAGAAGCAGUCAAUUUGUCAGCUGAUAUAGUCAGGACUUUAGAAUUUACAUACCAGUCACUGACAAAAUGUUUUACAUCUCAAGAAAAUCAAACAUCUUUAGAUCAUUUCUUCAUUUUAAUUAUUCAACGAUUAUUAGAUAUGAAGAGUUAUACCAAUAACACGCAAUUAAGCACUUGUUUUGAAAUGCAUAAUGAUAUUGAAAGCAUGGAAAGCUAUAAAUUUAGAAGCGCUUUUUCAGUUGCAAAUUUUAUAGAAUUAUCAAGAGAUGCACAAAUUCAAAUUGAUGCUGCUUUAAGUGAAAUGGAAGCCAUGGAUUACAGAGAUUGGAAUGAAGAUCCUAUGGACUGUCAAAGACUGUAUACAAUUCUAGGUAGCUGCAUUUAUCAUAAACAUUAUCUUCUUGGAUCUCAUUUAACUCAUAAUGAUUUGAUUGAAGUUGAUUCUUAUCUAAGACAAAAUUGUCUACUAAAUUUGGUAACUAAUGAAUCUGUAAAAAGCCUUGUUAUUUGGAAAAAAGUUUAUCCUUCUUCGUGCAAUCGUGGAAAUAUAGAAAAUAAUAGAAGCAAUCAGCCCCUAAUUCCCAAUGGAAGCUGGUUUUUGCUUGUUGUCGGAUAUGGACAUGAUUUAUUAGCAGUACUCCUGGAAUCUGGUGGAUGUACUGCAAAAUGUAGUGAAACUACUGGACCAGAUGUAUUUUAUGUAGAAGAAGCACAAGAAACAUUGAAACAUAUACAGAAAGUAGGAGUAACAACUUUAGCAGCGAAAUGGAUUGCAUCUAAUACUAGGCCAAAAGUAAUAUCUUUUGAAGAUCCUGUAUCCGUGAAAUCAUCAUCUAGUAUUACAGAAAAUCUUCUAGGUUUUAUAAAAUCAACAGACGUACAAAAUUCAUCUAUCAAAUCAUCGCAUACUUCGACUAGCAGUAAAAAAACCCAAGAAAUACCUUCAAUUUUAAAGAAACGUAAUAUGGAAGAAAGUCCUAUGGUCUUAGGGUCGGUAUAUUCUUUACAUACGUCUGAAGAUUCGUUGAGCCAAGGAACAGGCGGAAUUAGUGAAAUAAGUGAUGAAGCAAUGCCUAUAUUAGGAAGACGAGCAACUAGAGAAAAAAUUGCUAAUGGUUCAAGAUAUUCUGAUGACAGUGAUUCCGAUAUUGACAUAUACAAGAACGACUGUCGAAUACUAAGUAUGGACAUAUCUAAUAUACGAGAAAAUCUAUUAAAUCAGGCUGAAUAUUUAGUACCCAAAGUAUUAACAACGGGUGAUAAAAAUUAUUUAUAUUAUUAUGUGCAUAUAGAUAUGGUUGAAGGAAUUCUUUUAUCUUCAAAGCUACCAGAGUAUUCAGAGAAGGAUCAUAAGUUUCUGAUUAAUUUUAAUAAAUGUGUACAUAUUAUACACAGACUGUUACAUAAUACAGUAAGAUUUAAAAAAAUGUUAAAUUCAGAUAUGGACAAAACUGUUAUUAAUAAGAGCUUAAUUGCUGUUAAAGAACAUGGUGUACUAUUUGAAUGGGAAAAUUUAACUUUUUGGGUAGUUGGCCGAUUAUAUACAACUCCUCAUCCAAAGGAGUUGUACGUAUGUUACGAAGAUUCGGCACCUCAAAAUUUAAUUGAAAUAGCAUUUAAAUUGCAUUCACUAUAUACACUAUCGUAAUUUCUAAAACUUUUCUUUUUGCACUACAUUUUUAAACUAUUUUAAACAGAACUACACAUAUUCACUGAAUUCGGAGAUGGAAAAAAAGAAAGUAUGUAUUACCAUAUUUUCCUUUUCCAAAAGUAUAACUUAUUUUUUUUUAUAUUUCUUUUAAUCCAUAAAAUCACAUCAAAAAAUAUGGUUGUGAUUUAUUCAACAUCUGUUUUUAAAUAUAAAUUUAUACAAAAUACUUAUUUACGU